ACCCAAGCAAAUCCAGAGGACACUGGAACGAAAAUCAUGUUGACACAACUCAAGUCACCUGGGGAUUUGCUGAGCAUACUGCAGCCCUCUGAUAGCAUCAUUUUUAGGGGUCAGCAGCAUGUAAGCUGGAGUACCCCAGCCUGUUUCUACUUUCCUGGGGAGAGAGCUCUUUCUGGGAGCUGAUCUCUUGUGUCCCUGUCUUUUUGCCUUGAUGCUUCAGACCAUGCAGUGGACAGCGGAGCUGCUUCUCUGAGGCCCUGAAUGACCCCACUACCAUCAGGAGCUACUGCAGCUCUGGGAAUGCUGAUCCAUACUCCAGCUGUCCCAAGGUUCCCUUGCAGGAUGGCGCCUAUCUGGCUCAUCGGCUUCCUAGUCCUGGCAUUGUCCUCCAUAUACUGCACUGUUCUUCAUCCAAAACAGGAAAUGUGGUUUCAGGGUCUCUUUCCAUCUAACAUGUGCCCUGCCAAUGCCAGUGCCUACACCUUUUAUGGCAUCAUGUUUGAUGCAGGUAGCACCGGAACUCGAAUUCACAUUUAUACCUUUGUACAGAAGAACCCAGAACAGCUUCCUGAGCUGGAAGGGGAGAUCUUUGAAUCUGUGAAGCCAGGUCUUUCUGCUUAUGCCAGCGAGCCAAAAAAGGGUGCAGAAACUGUCAGAAUACUGUUGGAAAUGGCCAAAGAAGCUGUACCACCAAGUCACUGGAAGAAGACCCCAGUGGUGUUGAAAGCUACUGCUGGACUGCGGCUGCUAUCGGAGCAGAAAGCCCAGGCUCUGCUCCUUCAGGGAAUGAUACCAAGGAUUGUGAGAGAAGUCUUUGAGAAGUCACCAUUUCUGGUUCCAGACAACAGUGUUGGCAUCAUGGAUGGAUGUUAUGAAGGAAUUUUAGCCUGGAUCACUGUGAAUUUUCUGACAGGGCAGCUAUAUGGCCAGAACCAGCAGACAGUUGGGACUCUGGACCUGGGAGGAGCCUCAACUCAAAUCACAUUCCUGCCACGCUUUGAGGAAACCUUGGAGCAAACCCCUGUGGAUUUUCUUUCCUCAUUUGAAAUGUUCAAUAGCACGUACAAGCUCUACACUCAUAGUUAUUUGGGUUUUGGACUGAAGGCUGCCAGACUAGCAACGCUUGGAGCCUUGGAAAUAAAAGCAGUGGAUGGGCAGAUGUUGCGAAGCUCCUGUUUGCCAAAGCAGCUAGAAGCAGAAUGGCAUUUUGGGGGAGUGAAAUAUCAGUAUGGUGGCAACAGAGAAGGGGAAACUGGAUUUGAGCCUUGCUAUGCAGAAGUGGUGAAGGUCGUACAAGGAAAACUACACCAGCCAGAUGAGAUUCGCAGGAGCUCCUUCUAUGCCUUCUCAUAUUACUAUGAUCGAGCUGCUGACACCAACAUGAUAGAUUAUGAAAAAGGAGGAGUUCUAGAAGUAAGGGAUUUUGAAAGAAAAGCUAAAGAAGUGUGUGAUAACAUGGAUAUGUACACAUCAGCCAGCCCUUUCCUAUGUAUGGAUCUCACUUACAUCACUGCUUUACUCAAAGAAGGCUUUGGAUUUGGGGAUAACACACUCCUACAGUUAACAAAGAAAGUGAACAACAUAGAGACAAGCUGGGCCCUGGGUGCUACAUUUCAUCUGCUGCAGUCUUUGGGGCUCACCCACUGAAGUGCACCCCUGUGGACACUGACCUUUCCAGAAGGAAGCAAAUUAAAUUCAAAUCUCAAUAUGCACUGCACAGCUGGAGUCAAUCCUGCAGCAAAACAUGGACCAAAGUCACGGAAUCAGUUUCCCCAAAGGCAGUUUCUGGCUGCUGUCUGCUAGGUUCUCGUGAAGUGGGAGCUGCUCCAGUACAGUUUAUGAGUAAUGUGAAUGCCUAAAUAGAUGCAGAAGCUGCCCCCUCAGAGCCAGAGGACCUCAACUCCAGCUGAGUAGCCUGAUCAAAGACAAGGAGCUGAGAGGCAGCUUCAACUAAUGCAUCUGUGCACACAGCCUGUUACCAGCUGUUCAGUGUCAUCAUGCUCUGCAGGCUACAGAACUUUGACCUGUGACUUUUUUUUAAUAUAUGAAACUGAAGCUUGGCCCCAGGGAAUUAAAAAAAAAACACCAUAGGCA